AACGAGCAAGUUGUAUGAAUAGCGCCUGUUGGACUUUGCGAGCAGACAAACAACGCAGCGAGCAACAAUAAUAAUAGUUGGAAGAGAAUAUCGCGUGUGCGUUUAGUUUGGACGGUAACGUCCUAACGAGUAGAUCGUGGCGGUCGUGCGCGGUUAUUACUUAGAGUGCGAGUGUGAUUGUGUGCUUAUUGAAAAAACCGAAAGAAGUAGUCCGUCUGCCUGCUUGGUGCUGUUCUGUAUAAAGGCAACAAAAAUUCGGUCAAUUUUAAAGUGAAUUUCGAAAGAAAAAUAAAGAAUAUUUUGAAAAAUCCUAUGAGUGAAAAAAUACUGCGAAUUUAAAAGGAAUUAACGGCCGGCGAAUCUUCUGAAAAUUGUAUGGGAAUCAAAAAAGGAAAUAACCUGAAUUUUGGGUAUCAUAACUUUGUGCAUUUGUUUGCAACUCUAAGAAGGAGAAGAGCUGGACCUAUACGCAACAGCAUUCUUGGAUUAAGCUUAAAUGAUACCAAGAAAAGCUCUGUGAAGAAAUAAGAAAAAAAAAACCAUAACCCUUGGCUGAUUUGCCAAAAAAGGACAUUAAAUCUCCUCUCUCUCUCGCUCUCCCCCAACCAAGUAUAAUGUUUUAAGGACAAUUGUUUUAUUGUGACCAUAGAAUUCGAAAAACCCUAAAGGGCUGAAGAGAAGAAAAGGCAAGAAUAGAAGGAAGAGCUAAACCAAACAAUGGUUAAAUACAAUGUUGAGAUUGUAAAAACAGAAAAUGGCAUAAAUUCGAAUAAACCCUCAACGGCAGCUACAGCAGCAGCAGCAGCAAAAAACAUGACAUCCCGGGCAGGCAACGGCAGUGAAUCGGAUGAUUUAAAUGAUGGUGAAAAUGGAAACACAGCCGAGAACAUUCAUUUAGAUGACCUGUAUACACGCUAUCGCCAACGUUUGCGUAAGUCAUUGUUUCGCUCUGGUUUAUGGAUAUCCUUGGCAGCAUGUGUGGUGUCCAUUAUACUGGGUGUCAUCUACCAACAGCAAUUAUUGCAAACGCUUUUACUGGCAACGGCUGCCUUAAUAUCGGCCAGCAUAUUAACAGCAUUGCAAUUCCCAGCCGUUUUGAGUUCACCGGCAGCGGCAUUGUCUUUUGCCAUUGUGACCACAUUCUCAUUGGGAACGAUAGCCGCAAUUACGGGUGAAGAGUUAGCGCCAUUACCAUUAUUUGCAGUAUUCCUGGGCAUCCAUACAAUGUUGCCAAUAUCGUGGCCAGUGUCUGUGGUCUUAGCUUUGUUCAUGACGGCCAUACACAUUGCUUACCGUGUAUGUAUCUCACCCGACUAUUCGCCAAAUUUGCCAGUGCUUUUCGGUGAAAUAGUGAUGUUGGCAAGUGCAUCCGUUUCCGGUUUAUACUAUCGCAUCAUGUCGGAUGCUGCCCACACACGCACUGUCGACGGCACACGCACCGGCAUUGAGCAACGUGUCAAACUUGAGUGUGAACGUGAGCAACAGGAACAGUUGUUGCUUAGCGUUAUACCCGCCUAUAUAGCAGCUGAGGUCAAACGCAGCAUUAUGCUGAAAAUGGCCGAUGCUUGUCAACGUGCUGGUGGUCAAACCAAUUCAUCGGCCACCCGUUUCCAUGAGCUACAUGUGCAACGCCACAAUAAUGUUUCCAUUUUGUAUGCGGACAUUGUGAAUUUUACACCACUCUCAGAACAAUUGACGGCCAGUGAUUUGGUGAAGACUUUAAAUGAUUUAUUUGGAAGAUUUGAUCAAAUUGCACAGGAAAAUCACUGUCUGCGUAUAAAAAUUUUGGGCGAUUGUUACUAUUGCGUCUCUGGCUUGCCCAUCUCCAGACCACAACAUGCUUCGAAUUGUGUCAACAUGGGACUUCAAAUGAUUGAUGCCAUCAGACAUGUACGUGAGGCUACAGGCAUAAAUGUCGAUAUGCGAAUUGGCAUUCAUACAGGGAAUGUUUUGUGUGGCGUUUUGGGCUUACGAAAAUGGCAAUUCGAUGUCUGGAGCGAUGAUGUUACACUGGCAAAUCACAUGGAGAGCGGCGGUGUUGCUGGUCGAGUGCAUAUUACCAAACAAACAUUGGAAUUCCUGAAUGGUAAAUUUGAGGUGGAGGAAGGCAAUGGAGCCAGCCGUGAUUCAUAUUUGGCUGAUCAUAAAAUUGAAUCGUAUUUAAUAAUACCACCCAAGAAACCCACCUAUGUUACCCCAAUAGUGCCACGUGUCAUCGAAAGUUCUAGUCCUACGGAAAAUACCACCGAUCAACAUGGCAACCUUAAUAGCAGCCACUUUGGCAAUGAUCAGAAUCCUGAUGCUGAGGCUACAGAAAAACUAUUGCCACUGACUAUUGUGAACUAUAAAGGAGUAGAGAGCUCACCCAUCACAGCCAACGCCCCAGGUGGCGGCAGUAGCCCAGAGCCUAAAUUACCCCAUAUAUCCUCUGCAACAACAUCGAUGUCAAUUAAGGAAGAAGAGGAUGAGGAUGCUGUGGAGCUAAGACAAACCCAUAACCAACACCAAAUGGCCAGCAAACAAUCACCGCAACAUCAACUGUUACCUGAGUCGGUGGCAAAUCACAAUUCACUGGGCUCCACCACAGCCACAGAUAUGGCCGCCAACACCCAUAAUGCUCAUGCCUCACUGACACCCAAAUCAUCGUUAAGCCUGCCCAAUGAUGAUGCACUGAGUGCCAGCGGCAGCGAGGGUGCCAAUAGUGCCGGCGCUUCACCGGCCACCCAUAUAACAGAGAAUCCCAUGGCCAAUCUGGACUCAUCCUCGAUAGCAACGAAUGGUAAUGCGAUUACGACGAAUUCACUUAAUGCUGGCAAUGCUGCCACUGCAACAGCUAUGGGUAAUAAUCUGCUAGUUUCUGAUAUACCAGAGGCAAGAAGCAAAAGGAAACUGUCCGUGCAAGGUUUAAUGUCAUUUGCGGAUAGAAGGCGUUCAUCUGCUUCAUUUACGGAGCGUAAAAUGUCCUUUCACACAAAUGAAAGUUUUCGUAGUCAUGCAGGUCAUGUUACACGUAAUCGUCCUUCAUCGAAGAUGACCAAAUAUGUUGAAUGCUGGGGAGCUGAUCGACCCUUUGCCAAUAUUGCCGAAUCCAAGUUGGUCAAGAAUAUUGGUUUGGCCAGCAUUGCCAUGAUUGAAUCAAAUUUAUUGCCACCAGAGCGUAAAUGUUUUAAUUUCAAUUGCUUUGGACCACCCACCGAAUUGAAGCCACUCACCAUGUGGUAUCGCAACACGCCCAGAGAGGUGAUGUAUCGCGCCCAGCCGGAUACCCAUUUUCGCUAUGAUUUAAUCUGUGCUUUUCUGCUUUUCAUCUCGGUGGCAGCAGUGCAAUUGAUUGUAAUGGACAUCAAUCUGGCUUUAUUGGGCUCCCUAUUGGCCACCUUCAUCUCUUUGGGCUUGUUUCUCUAUUUGAGUAACAUGAAUGUUCCGGAUAUUAACUCCAGCACGACCGAAAGAAAUGGUCCGGGCCAGGUGGUGGCCGGCAGCCGUUUUCUGCGUUUGGCCAUUUUCAUAGUGGUGAAUAUUCUAAUAUCAGCCUGUGCGGUAUUUAGUGUGAUUAAUUUCUCCACCAAUAAUGAAGAAUCCCUGGCCUCCAACCUCAAUAUUUCCAGCUCGAAUAUCUCCAAUGAUUCUUCUUUGCCAGAAAUAGAUACAGUUCCCAUAUAUCCUGAUUUACAGGUGGCACCCAUCUAUCUUUUCUGUUGUGCCAUUAGCCUGGCGGCCAUUUCUGCUUUUCUGAGAUCCGGUUUUAUUUUGAAAUUAUUCACCAUGCUGGUGGCUUUGGUGUGUCAAAUAGUGGUGCUGCAUUUUAGUGAUUUAUUUGAGCUCUACAAUGCUCGUUACAGAAGUGAUUAUUUACCCAUUGAGGUGAAAAGUUUUCUCCUACUACUUCUGGUAAUUGCUGUACUGCAUACCUUGGAUCGCCAAGGUGAAUAUGUGGCCCGCACAGAUUUCUUAUGGAAGGCCAAAUUAAAAGUCGAACAAGAGGAAGUCGAGACCAUGAGGGGUAUAAACAAGAUACUCUUGGAGAAUAUUUUACCUGCUCACGUUGCCACCCAUUUCCUGCAUCAGCAAAAUCCCUCAGAACUUUAUCAUGAAAGUUAUUCCUGCGUUGCCGUCAUGUUUGCCUCCAUACCCAACUAUAAAGAGUUUUACGAUGAGACCGAUGUAAAUAAGCAAGGAUUGGAGUGUUUGCGUUUGUUAAACGAAAUUAUAUGCGAUUUUGAUAAGUUACUUUUAAAACCCAAAUUUAGUGGCAUCGAAAAAAUUAAAACCAUUGCAAGCACAUAUAUGUGUGCUUCCGGUCUAAGACCUGGCAAGGAGGAAGGAGCUAAGCAGAUGCGUAAUUUUGCGGAUGAGAAACGCACAGAGGAGCACAAUGUUGUCAUACUGGUGGAGUUUGCCAUAGCAUUGAUGUCAAUUUUGGAUUCCAUAAAUCGCGAAUCAUUUCAACGGUUCCGUCUACGUAUUGGCCUGAAUCAUGGACCCGUCAUUGCCGGUGUGAUUGGAGCACAAAAGCCACAAUAUGACAUUUGGAGUAAUACCGUGAAUGUGGCUUCUCGCAUGGAUUCAUGCGGUGUUAUGGGAAGAUUACAGACGACGGAGAAUACGGCGAAAAUUUUAAUGGCUGCCGGCUAUGAGUGUGAAUGCCGUGGUUUGACCUACGUCAAAGGCAAAGGAAAUCUAGUCACUUAUUUCGUAAAGACGCCAUUCGAUGGCAAAUUGUAGAUUUAUCUUUUUGUGUUUUCCUCCACUCAGAUUUUAGGUUCUAAUUGUUUUAUGGCAUCACAGCAGAAAAGAGAACAACAACAAUAACUACAAAUAUUAAAAAAGAAUGUAACCAUCACAUAAAAUGUCUACAAAUUAUGAAAAUUAGAGUUAAUUAUGCAAAUUAGAGUUUUAUGAAAGCUUACAAAAAAAUUUAGCCAAUAUUAUAUUUAUUAUUAGUCUCUAAAACUUCCCCAUCCAGCCAUCCGCAAACGCAUCCUUCCUUCCUUCCACCAACCAACCACCAUAUCCUUAUUUCCCUUUUAUAAAAUACUUCAUAAAAAAUAGGAUUUUCAGCGUAAAAAAAUCAAGCGGCCAUAUAAUUAAAAACAACAGCCGGCAAAAUUUUAACGAAUUCAAAUGAACCCCCUUGUGUCAUCUUUCCCAACCAAGCACAACCAUUAUCUUGCAUACAGCCAUUACAAUUAUCCAAAGCAUUUAAUUUAUAUACACAUACAAUACAAUCUUACAUACAUGUGUUUAAACAUAUUUCUAAAAAAGAUGAUGAUAAUAACAAUAAUAAUUAUAAUAAUAAAAUGAAGAGACUACUGCUUGAAAUGUAGCCAGAGUGGCAAAGGUAUGCGAUCCUUAGCAAAUA